AUGGCAACACAGGCCGCUAACUCGGUGAGGUCUCGCCUGCGUGAUCCAACUUUGUUCCGUGAGCAGGCGUACAUCGGAGGAGAGUGGACCGAUGGAGGAGCCAAGAAGCAAUUUCCUGUUUUUAACCCUUACUCUGCCGAUCAAAUUGGGAUAUGCCCAGAGAUGGGCCACGAAGGAACAUUGAGAGCGGUCGAAGCUGCUCAAAAGGCUUUCGAUUCGUUCCAACACACGAUGCCGCGCAAGCGCAUGCUAAUCUUGAAAAACUGGUUCGAGCUUAUGCAGGAACACGAAGAAGACCUAGCGACCAUCUUGAGUUUUGAGAAUGGGCGGCCAAUUGAAGCGGCACGCGCGGAGAUCAAGUACGCAGCAAGUUUCUUCGAGUGGUUUCAAGGGGAGGCUGUCCGGUCAUACGGGGAAACAAUGCAUUCCAGCACACCGAGUUCUCGGGCCUUGACUUUGAAGCAGCCCAUUGGAGUUGUGGGAAUCAUCACGCCAUGGAACUUCCCCUCUGCCAUGAUUACAAGAAAGGUCGGAGCGUCAGUUGCCGCUGGUUGCAGUGUUGUCGUCAAACCCGCCGCAGAGACGCCCUAUUCUGCCUUGGCGCUGGCCGAGUUGGGUGAACGAGCAGGACUCCCCGCGGGGGUUUUCAACGUCGUGACGACUGAUGAGAACAUCGCCGAAGUUGGGAAGGUCCUGUGUGAACAUCCUACAGUAAAGAAGUUAUCCUUUACUGGCUCGACUGGAGUGGGGAAAAUUCUCAUGCAGCAAUCGAGUUCUUCCUUGAAGAAACUGUCUAUGGAACUUGGCGGAAACGCACCCUUCAUUGUUUUCGAUGAUGCUGAUUUUGACAAUGCCAUCGAAGGGUUGAUGGCGGCCAAAUUUCGUGCAUCGGGGCAAACGUGUGUCUGCGCGAACCGCGUCUAUGUUCAAGAAGGUAUCUACGACAAAUUUGUUGGUCAACUGGCCAAAGUUGUCGAAAACAGACUUAUCCCUGGCGAUCCAAUGUCUGAGAGCACCACUAUCGGGCCUCUUAUCAAUACCAAGGCCGUGAAAAAGGUAGAGCGGCUUGUCGAAGAUGCCUGCAAACUCGGUGCAACAGUGGUGACUGGUGGAUCGCGUUCGACCAGCGACCCUCAAACAUUCUACCCGGCAACAAUCUUGACGAACAUGAAUUCUUCGAUGCAGGCCAGCAAGGAGGAGCUCUUUGGGCCGGUGGUUGCUUUCUACCCAUUCAAGACCGAAGAAGAUCUGCUGAAGCUAGCCAAUGACUCUGAGGUUGGAUUGGCUUCAUAUGUAUACACGAAAGAUCUCUCGAAAGCAUGGCGAGCGGCCGAACUACUCCAAACUGGAAUGGUUGGAGUCAACACUGGCGUGAUAUCCGAUCCCGUAGCCCCUUUCGGAGGUAUCAAGCAUUCUGGAUUCGGGCGGGAAGGAGGGCGACUUGGCAUUGAGGAGUUCCAAAUCAUCAAGACUGUAACGAUUGGUGGCCUGGGUUUUCCAGAAAAGUCAUCCCUGAUUUAA